AUGAAUUUCCUCCGGCGGCGUCUCUCAGACAGCAGUUUUGUGGCAAAUUUGCCCAAUGGCUACAUGAUGGACUUGCAGCGCCCUGACAACUCCACAAGCUCCCCAGUUUCUCCUGCCAUGGAGAGAAAGCAUCCACAGCCACCUCAGCCCUCGCAUUCUCCAUCUACUGGCACCAGCUUCUUCAGCUCCAUCUCCAGUGCCAUGAAGCAAACCACACAAGCAGCUGCAGGACUGAUUGACCACUCAGCCAGCCCCACACCACCCGUGGCCCAGAAACCCAAGAUCCUCCUGGUGAUUGAUGAUGCACACACAGACUGGGCCAAAUAUUUCCAGGGGAAGAAGGUGAAUGGAGAAUUUGAUAUCCGAGUGGAACAGGCGGAGUUCUCCGAGUUGAACCUGGCUGCUUAUGUCAUGGGUGGCUGCAUGGUGGACAUGCAGGUCAUGAGGAACGGCACCAAGGUGGUAAGGUCCUUCAAGCCGGACUUCGUCCUGAUUCGUCAGCAUGCAUACAGCAUGGCACUGGGAGAAGACUUCCGUAGCCUUGUCAUUGGCCUCCAGUAUGGUGGCCUUCACACGGUCAACUCUCUCUACUCCAUCUACAACUUCUGCAGCAAGCCCUGGGUG